AUGGCGGGCGCGGGCCGAGCCCCUCCGCCCAGCCUGCGCCUGGAGAACGCCUCGCUGCUGUCCGAGGGGGCCCUGCAGGACGGGCACCGCCUCUGGAUCGGCAACCUCGACCCCAAGAUCACCGAAUAUCACCUUCUCAAACUCCUGCAGAAGUUUGGCAAAGUGAAGCAGUUUGACUUCCUCUUCCAUAAGUCAGGGGUCCUGGAAGGGCAGCCCAGGGGCUACUGCUUUGUGAACUUUGAGACCAAGCAGGAAGCGGAACAGGCCAUCCAUUGCCUCAACGGGAAGCUGGCACUCUCCAAGAAGCUGGUAGUGCGGUGGGCCCACGCCCAGGUCAAGAGGUAUGACCAGAAUAAGAACGAGAAGACCCUUCCCAUCAGUCUGGAGCCGUCUUCCAGCACAGAGAGUCCCCAGUCCAACCUGAGCGUCAGCACAAAAAUCAAAGCCAUUGAAACCAAGCUGAAAAUGAUGUCAGAGAAUCCCGACGCCGAGUUCCCACCGGCAGCCCCUUACGUCUACUUCAAGGCCCCCGAGAAAAAGCGGACUGGCCCCUACUCCAGAGCGGCUUGGAAGUCCAAGAGAUGAUGAGCGGGUGCGGUCAGCAGCGUCCUCUGCCGCUCCGGGCAGGUGGGAGGUCGGCUAGGAGGAAGCAGGAUUGGCACGGCCCCAUCCUGGCCUUCUGUGGGACUGCUUGGAUUCCUCCUCUUCACACGUGGACGUCAACGCUCUUCCGAGGAGAUCAACUGUAAUGCCGCCCAUAAAACUGUAUAGAACAUCUCCAACAAACUCAACUGGUUGAGUAAUAAAACCAGAUUUUUUUUCCCCCCGUGUGGCUAGCUAGAUCCAGCUCCAAAGUGCAAGAUGUGUGUGUGUGUGUGUUUCAAUAUGUUUUUGCCACUUCAGUAUUUGUUCUGACCUGAAGAUGAUAAAAAGUCCUGAUGUACUGAU